AUGAAUAAUUUUACUCCUUAAGUGAAAAAUUAUUCAAAAAAACUGUAAAAAUUUAAAAAUAUUUUCCCCAAAACAUUUUCUAGGUUAUUGCCUUAAAUUUAAAUUUGUUUAAUUAUUCUUAAUUGUAAGAAUUUUUAGAGCCAAACAAAUUUACUUAUCUUUUACAAGUAAUUAAGUAAUUAAAAUUCCUAAUAAUUAAAUUUAUAAAUUUGA